CGCAAUCUACGUAAUUGUAGCGCCAAAAUACGAUAGUUUGGACACUUGGAAACUGUUUUCACUCAUACCUGUUUGGCUCCUACUCUCAAUCACAUCAGCAGCGCUUCUGUUUAAUUCAGUUAGUUGGUGGUUUUUCUUCGUCCCUUUACCGCGACAAAAGCGAAAGUAACCAAACAUCAGAACCGAAGUAGCUACGAACUACUAGAAGAAAAGACUCUGGAGAGAGCAUCAGUAGUUCACGUUUACACCCUUCAAGGGAGAAAGACAGGUUCCUUUUGUAGUUCUGACCUCUUCUUCCUGUGACCAAAAGUACAAAGUCUGUGUGGUAGAAAGUGUGAAUUCAUGAGUCAGUGUGAGGACAGAGAGGAGGGAGCCCUGCCCUCUAAAACCAGUCUGCGUGAGGACCAUGAGAGCCAGAAAAAAGCUCAGAGGUUCCAUCAGAGACAAGAAUCCCCUGAACUUGGACCUGAACCUGAACCUGAACACAGCUGCAUGUCCUUCCAGAGCAAUAGGUCAAAGGACAUUAUUGAUAAUUUUAAAGACCAACAUGCAUUAGAGUCAAAGUGUUCAUGGUUCCUCCACAGAGUGGACCAGCAGAGCUCAGAGGUAUCCAAUGCUCAGUCUGUCCAGCAGCACCAAACACACCUGGACUCCAUAUUUAUGCUGCUGGAGGAAAACAUUGUCACGUUUGUGAAGAAGGAGCUGAAGAAGAUCCAGAAGGUUCUGAGACCCGAUUACACAGAAUGCUUAGAGAGUCAGAGGAAGGAUGAGGAGGAGUUGGAUGGUGAGGAUGAAGAGCAGAGGAGGAGCAGCAGAGACGCGUUUCUGAAGAUCACAGUGAACUUCCUGAGGAGGAUGAAGCAGGAGGAGCUGGCUGACUGUCUGCAGAGAUCUUCUGCUGCAGUUUGUCAGGAUCAACUUAAAUCUCGCCUGAAGCAGAAGUUCCAGUGUGUGUUUGAAGGCAUCGCUAAAGCAGGAAAGCCAACCCUUCUGAAUCAGAUCUACACAGAGCUCUACAUCACAGAGGGAGGGACUGGAGAGGUCAACGCUGAACAUGAGGUCAGACAGAUUGAAACAGCCUCCAGGAAACCAGACAGAGCAGAAACAAGCAUCAGACCAGAAGACGUCUUUAAAGGCUCAGCUGGAAGAGAUGGAGCCAUCAGAACAGUGAUGACAAAGGGAGUGGCUGGCAUUGGGAAAACAGUCCUAACACAGAAGUUCACUCUGGACUGGGCUGAAGGCAAAGCCAACCAGGACAUACACUUCACAUUUCCAUUCAUCUUCAGAGAGCUGAAUGUGGUGAAAAAGAAAAAGUUCAGCUUGGUGGAACUUGUUCAUCACUUCUUCACUGAAACCAAAGCAGCAGGAAUCUGCACCUUUAAACACUUGAGCGUUGUUUUCAUCUUGGACGGUCUGGAUGAGUGUCGACUUCCUCUGGACUUCAACAAGACUAAAACCCUGACUGAUGUCACAGAAUCCACCUCAGUGGAUGUGCUGCUGACAAACCUGAUCAGGGGGAACCUGCUUCCCUCUGCUCACCUCUGGAUCACCACACGACCUGCAGCAGCCAAUCAGAUCCCUCCUGGGUGUGUUGACAUGGUGACAGAGGUCAGAGGGUUCACUGACCCACAGAAGGACGAGUACUUCAAGAAGAGAUUCAGAGAUGAGCAGCAGGCCACAACAAUCAUGUCCCACAUCAAGACGUCACAAAGCCUCCACAUCAUGUGCCACAUCCCAGUCUUCUGCUGGAUCACUGCUACGGUUCUGGAGGAUCUGCUGGAAACCAGAGAGGGAGGAGAGCUGCCCAAGACCCUGACGGAGAUGUAUAUCCACUUCCUGGUGGUUCAGACCAAAGUGAAGAACAUCAAGUAUGAUGGAGGAGCUGAGACAGAUCCACACUGGAAUAAAAAGAGCAGGAAGAUGAUUAAGUCUCUGGGAAAAGUGGCUUUUGAGCAGCUGCAGAAAGGAAACCUGAUCUUCUAUGAGUCAGACCUGACAGAAUGUGGCAUCGAUGUCAGAGCAGCCUCAGUUUAUUCAGGGGUGUUCACACAGGUCUUUAAAGAGGAAAGAGGGCUGUAUCAGGACAAGGUUUUCUGCUUCAUCCACCUGAGUGUUCAGGAGUUUCUGGCUGCUCUUCAUGUCCAUCUGACCUUCAUCAACUCUGGAGUCAACCUGCUGUCACAAUUAUCCUGGUUUAAACAUUUUAUGCUGAAACAUGAACAUACACAGUUCUACCACGGUGCUGUGGACAAGGCUUUAGAGAGUCCAAAUGGACACCUGGACCUGGUCCUCCGCUUCCUCCUGGGAUUUUCUCUUGAGAACAAUCAGACAUUCUUACAAGGUUUGAUGACACGAAUGAGAAGUAAUUUACAAACCAAUCAGGAAACAGUUCAAUAUAUCAAGAAGAAAAUCACAGAGUUUCCUUCUGCAGAGAAAAGCAUCAACCUCUUCCACUGUCUGAAUGAACUGAAUGAUUGUUCUCUAGUAGAGGAGAUCCAACACUAUCUGAAAUCAGGAAGUCUCUCCACAGAUAAACUGUCUCCUUCCCAGUGGUCAGCUCUGGUUUUCAUCUUAUUAUCUUCAGCAAAUGAUCUUGAAGUAUUUGAGCUGAAUAAAUUCUCUGCUUCAGAGGAGGCUCUUCUGAGGUUGCUGCCUGUCGUCAAAGCUUCCAACACUGCUCUACUGAGUAGCUGUAACCUGUCAGAGAAAAGCUGUGAAGCUCUGUCCUCAGUUCUCAGCUCUCAGUCCUCUAGUCUGAGAGAACUGGACCUGAGUAACAACAACCUGCGGGAUUCAGGAGUGAAUGUUCUGUGCGCUGGACUGAAGAGUCCUCACUGUCGACUGGAGACUCUCAGGCUGUCAGGCUGUCUGCUCUCAGAGGAAGCUUGUGUCUCUCUGGCCUCAGCUCUGAGCUCCAACCCCUCCCAUCUGAGAGAGCUGGACCUGAGCUACAAUCAUCCAGGAGACUCAGGAGUGGAGCUGCUGUCUGCUGGAGUCAAGGAUCCACACUGGAGACUGGACACUCUCAGGGUGGAGCCUGGUGGAGUCCAAUGGUUGACACCAGGUCUGAGCAAGUAUUUCUGUCAACUCAUCAUCGACACAAACACAGUGAACAGAGAACUACAACUAUCUGACAACAACAGGAAGAUAACACGUGUGGAGGAGGAUCAGUCAUAUCCUGAUCAUCCAGACAGAUUUGACUACUGGUAUCAGCUGCUGUGUAGUAAUGGUCUGACUGGUCGCUGUUACUGGGAGGUUGAGUGGAGAGGAGAUGUUGAAAUAUCAUUGAGUUACAGAGGAAUCAGAAGAAAAGGACACAGUGAUGACUGUUUGUUUGGAGACAAUGAUCAGUCCUGGAGUCUGAUCUGCUCUAAUGAUUGUUACUAUGUCAGACACAAUAACAUAUCUACAUCCAUCUCCUCCCCUGUGUCUGACAGAGUAUCAGUGUAUGUGGACUAUCCUGCUGGUUCUCUGUCCUUCUACAGAGUCUCCUCUGACAAACUGAUCCACCUUCACACCUUCAACACCACAUUCACUGAACCUCUUUAUCCUGGGUUUGGAUUUAGGUUCUGUUGGUCUGGUUCCUCAUUAUCUCUGUGUGAUGUGUCGUAGUGAGAGUUUGACCCUGUCAGACAAAUGUUGUCACUGUUGAACAUAGUUCAGUCUGUUCAUGUCUGUGUUGUUGUCAUGUCAGAUGGAUGUAUUAAAUGAAAACAAACUGUGGACCUAAGGUCACUGAGCAUGUUCUGUUUUGAUUGGACGACGCAGACGACAAAAGGCAGAAGCAACUAGAGGAUUUUGUGAUCUUUGCAUUACACCUCUGUGAUGUAUGUCCUGAUCUCCCCAGCUGGUUUUUGAUUUGCUUUUUUCAUUAUCUUUCAUUUUCCUCUGUCCAGAAAAGACAAGUCUCUCAUGAACUUCAUUACAAAUUUCCACCACAGUGGAUAAAUAGUUGUGUUGCUCAUAUUUCUUGAUCAUUCUGUGAAUCAUUUGAUUUUAUUUGAAGUGUAUGGAGGGAGAAGAAAGGAGAAGCUUUAUUCACUCUUUUUGUGACAAACACACAAAUCUCCAUCCAGCCAGUAGCUAAAGUUGAUUCCAGAUUGUGUGCUAUAAUAUAAUAGAAGUUUUAAUCAGGUUCAGCAUCUGUUUUCAAUUCUCAAGCAUUAACUGACAAACACCACACGCUGUAACCUUUACUUCCAAUUGUCUUGCUAUGUUAGUAUGUUGGCUAUGAUUCCUUCGAACCUUUACAACUGUUAUAGUCAUUCAAAAUUUUGCUUUUGUUCUUCAAAAUUCUAGUUAGUUUUACUUCUCAGUUUCAUAAGGCCUCCUUUCCACCUCUCUGGAAACACAUGGAGGACGCGGCCCCCCCUGGAGUCCCUUCAGGAUUGUUGUGUGGUCCAGGAACUAGCAGCGCCCAGGAUUACACUCAUCAUCUAACCCAGUACACCACUGAGGAACCCUUCACACUUGGAGAUGCUUCUGGUGUGCUUUUAAACCUACACUUUGAGAGCAGCGUCUAAAAGCUUCUAGAAUCAUGCAAAAUUUGAACUUUCAACUUCACAAGAACAACCUCUUAACCUCUGAGCCACUGCUCUGUUCAGGUUGUGACAUGUUCAGUGUUGUAUUUACAGUUUAUUUGGACAAAAAGGACUUGAAAGCAUCUUAUCUUUCUGAGUAAU